AUGCAUAUCAUUUGUUGUGUUCAAGUUCGUCAUCGAGUGAAGAUCAUUCUGGAACUUCUAAGUGAUGAAGAUAAACUCCGAGCUCAGAGGAAGAAGAUGAAAUCUGAUAACGGAGUGCGCUACCAAGGCUUCACGUCAGAUGAUAUUCGAUUGGGUCGCGGAGGAGCAUAUCACAGCGGCUCAGUUAAUAGCCAAAGUGAGGAGUGGGAGAACACAAAUAGCGAUAUCUACAAGAAUGAAUCGUCAGGUGUCGACAGCAGGGAUGAUUACUCAUCGAAGGAAGUUAAUUCCUUCCAGUUUCCCAAUGAAACGAGGAGAGGGUCGACUUCACCUGAGCUAGGCUUUCGGCAAGAGGUACCCUGUUCCUUCUCAGCAGCUAUCGCUCAGGCACGAUGA